AUGCUGGGAAAGAUCGCGCUAGAAGAGUGCUGGACCAUUCCGGAGGAGCUAUCCAACAAUGAUCCGGGAAAGUUCGUCGCCUCCGGCACCGGCUCACGCCUAACGAAUGAGCUGCUUGACGUACACGACAUGAGGCUAAAGCAGAUGGACGAGAAUGGAGUCGACUUCAUGAUCCUCUCCUUUGUGGCCCCGGGAUGCCAGGGCAUUCCCGACAAGGCAAAGGCAGAAGCGCAGGCGAGGUUGGCCAACGACCGUAUAGAGGCCGAGGUGGCCAAGGCGCCAACGAGGUUUGCGGCCUUUGCCGCGCUAAGCAUGCACGACCCGGCGCAGGCUGCGGAAGAGCUCCGCCGCUGCGGCGAGGACGGGAACGGAAUGCUCUACUUUGACCAGCCCGAGUACGACGUGUUCUGGAAGGCGGCGGCCGAACUGGGGGCGGCCGUAUACAUGCACCCCCGGCCCUCGAAUGAGCUGAUCCACAAGCUCAUGUGGGAAGGGAGACCGUGGCUCGACUUCUCCGCGCUGGGAUACGCCGACCGUUUGAACAUGCACAUCCUCGGUAUCGUGACGAACGGUGUCCUGGAUCGGUUCCCCAAGCUUAAAAUCUUGUUUGGCCAUAUGGGCGAACACAUUCCCUACGACCUUUAUCGGAUCGAUCACAAGCUUGACCGGGGCCGGUUUCCCAAUAUGCCCAUGCGCAAAGACAAGCUCGUGCGAGACUACUUUGGCGAGCAGCUCUUCAUUACGACAUCGGGGCACUUCUCGACCUCUGCGCUCAUGUUUGCUAUUGGCGAGAUAGGCGCCCAUUCUAUCAUGUUCUCGAUCGACUAUCCUUUCGAGAGCAUCCCGAACGCUUGCGUUUGGUGGGAUGACCACGUCUGGCCCAAUAUUAACCAACAUGACUACACAAACAUUGGCCGCAACAACGUGCUCAAAGUCCUCCCCAGGCUAACUGAGGAACCGCACAACCUGAAGCCAAUGACGCCUCGCCAAUGUGAGGAUAGGUUCUAG